AUGCCAGAGACUACUCUAGGCCUAGACCUAGCCUCGAAAAAGCUUCGAAGACGACAUGAUUACCCAUAUCGCCUGGACUACCGGACACGAUGGGCCGACAAUGACAUGUUCCACCACCUCAACAACCCCAUAUAUGGCGUCCUUAUUGAUUCGAUCAUCAAUGAAUACCUGAUGACCCGCGUGGGAUAUAACACGACUUCCUACCCGCGCACAGCGCUUGUCGCCAACACCUAUUGUGACUACUUCGGCCAAUUGCAGUAUCCUGGUAUGCUGGAGCUGGGACUACGAGUCGUGAAGCUAGGGAAGAACAGCGUCAUGUACGAAGUUGGAUUCUUUAAAGACGGCGAUGAGGUGGUGAAGGCUGUUGGAGGGUUCGUACAAAUAUGGGUCAUGAGAGACAGUGGGAAGGCGCCGGAAGAAGGUCUAGAACUAAGCGUGCGGAAAAAGCUGGAGGAGUUGAUGCAGCCGGGAUUGAAGGAGAGAAGUAAGCUUUAG